UACAUACAUACACGUAUAGAAACAAAAAAUAUUUUUUUACUUUGUUGUGGUUUUGGAAGUUAAGAAGUGUAAGUCAUCACUCGGUACCUAAAAUAUCAAUCCGCCAGCAAAACUUUCCAAAUCCACACGGCUCAGUUCAGUACCUUGCAGCAUCAGGAUCGAAGAGUUGCAACUCUGAAUUCAAUAACAAAGUCUAGGCUCGGCAUUUUCAAUAUUAUUUCGUAGUACUGUACCUACUCUGCAUCAUCAGGAUUGAGGAGUCGGGACUCGAAGUCCAAGCACGAAGUCGUCGCUCGGUGCCUACAAUAUGAGCACCUACGCAACGACUGGUAGAGGCGAAGGGAGCUAUGAGAGUGAGGGGAUAGACAGUGCUCACUCACCAGUAGCGUCUCGAAGUGUUCGACCGCGGUCUACGCCGUCGCGUGCUCCACUCGGUCACCAGCUCAGCGCUCAGGCGUCCGAUAACAACCACGCGCAGCUUCUAAUACCCCGUCCACGCAUUGCUCUACUCGCGCAACGCACUUACUACGUCGCUUGCCUUUGCAACGCGAUGGACGUCGAAACUGGCAGCGGGCGCGCUAUUGCAUACGUUGCGAUGGACAUGAACGAGGAACACGCGAGUAGCGCGGCCACACUACGUUUCUGUGUCAUCUCACGGGCAGCGUGUGGACGGGGGGUAAGUAAGUAGGUACAUACACAGCACCGACAAUAUUAUUCUCAAAAGAGUUUUUAUUUUUCGUAGAAGAAAUUUAGACAUGACACGUACAGCACAUAAACUUCACUACAUCGGACAUUGAUAAAGUUACAGUUCAAUAUUGCUUUCCUAUAUUAUUAUUCAUUUUUUCUGGAUCAUUUUUGUUGACAUCGUUGUCGGUAUUUGUUUCGGACAGAUUAGAAUACUACUUCCUCGACAGUCGCUCCGUGGCGAGCUGCGGCCUCUGCGAUCGCAGGAAGCGUCGGCUGCGCACUGCCGAGUGCCGGCGCGCUUCUCACGGGGCUUGCUCGGCGGCGCGGCGAGCGCGCGGAGUGCAUGGCGCGCCGCGCCGCGCUGCUGCUGGCCGCGGCGCUGCUGCUCGCGCGCGCGCACGCGCACGACGCGCACGACGCGCACGACGCACACCACGACGACGACGACAGCGACCCCGUGCCCUUCAUGGUGGUGCUGGAGCACGAGGACGGCCGGCGCUGCGCCGCCUCGCUGCUGUCGCUGCGCACCGCCCUCAGCACGGCGCGCUGCGCGGCCGGCGGCGGCGACGCGCGCGCGCUGUGGGCGCUGGCGGCCGCGCUGCUCGGCGCGCGCGGCGUGGCGCCGGCGGCCGGCGCGCGGCGCGUGGCGUGCGUGGCGCUGGCGGGUGACGCCGCCGACCCCGCGCGCGACCUGGCCGUGCUCCGGCUGGAGGCGCCCUUCGGCCGCGCCGCGCGCGCGCUACCCGUGCUGCUGCAGACAGACGCGCGCGCCGCCGCCGCGCGCUGCCACGCCGUGCGCGCGCUGCCGCCUCGCACCGCCGCCGGCCCGCGCGUGCGCUUCCGCGUGUUCAGCUUGCGGGUCGCGCCCGAGCGGGCUUGCGCGGCGCACGUGCCGCAGUGGGUGGCUACGCGCGCGCGCCUGCUGUGCCUGGCCGCCGACGACGUCCUGUGCGAGCGCGACCUCGGCGGCGGCGUGGUGUGCGACGGCAAGCUGAGCGGCGUGCUGAGCGCGCUGGGCGGAGCGGGCGCGUGCGGCGCCACGGUGGCGGCGCAGGCCGUGGCGCGCGUGCGGCGCUUCCUGCACUGCGCGCACACGCUGCGCCAGUGCGGACGGUUCUGUGACAGCGGCGCGUGCGCGUCCGAGUGCACCGAGCGCCGCCUGCUGCCCGACGACGCGCCCCCCGCUCCCGCCUCCCCGCGUGUCGGGACCACGCUGCCACUCGCCGAAGACGCCGCCGACGACCUCGCCCCGAACGCGCCACCCGCCGCUCCCGCCACCGCACCGCCGCCUGCGUCAGCCGCGCCGCCGCCGCCGUGCCGCACCGCGCUCGCCCGCGUCCCCUUCGUCGCCGAGCACGCUUCUUCGCCGAGACAUGCUCUGGAGUUCGAACCUAACCGCCCCGACUUUAAGGCGGGCGAGUACGGCGACCACGCAGCCGACUACGUGGCCGACGACGCGCCGCCGCCCCGCGCCGCCCGCCCGCCGCCCGCGCCCACACCCGCGCCCGCGCCCACGCCCGCGCCCACGAGCACACCGCCCGCGCCCGCGCUGCAGCUCGCCGCUCGCGCGCCGCCCCGCGCCGCCACCUGCGCCUCUGUCAUACUGUAUGCUAUGACACUGCUAUUUGGGACAUAA